UUGGCGAUGUGAGGUUCUACAAGUUUGCUAGCGGUACGUUUCUCUUCUUAGGUCUGUAAACAGGAUCUGGUGUCAUCUUGGAACACGAAACGGGUUGUUCCUUAUUGUUAAACCAUAACGAACACAACUCAUCUGAUCACACGUCAUAAACGGUCAAUUUCUGCAGUGCAACACCUCCCAUCCUGUGACUAAGCUGAAAGAUGGUGAAGCCAGACAUUCACACUCUGGCCCACCACCUGAAGCAAGAGAGGCUUUAUGUGGCUUCAGAGAAACAGCUUAUCCAGCGGCUCAAUGGCGAAGUACUGAAGACAGCAGAGAGGCUGUAUCGUGCAGCCUGGAUAGCUAAGCAGCAGAGGAUUAACCUUGACCGCUUAAUCCUCACCAGUGCGGAGGCCUCCCCAGCUGAGUGCUGCCAGCAUGCUAAGGUGUUAGAGGACACACAGUUUGUGGAUGGCUAUAAGACACUGGGCUUUCAGGAAACUGUCUUUGGGGAGUUCCUUGGGCGACUAAGGGAGAAUCCACGCCUGGUGGCCUCCUGUCUGGUGGCUGGCGAGAAGCUUAACCAGGAACAUACACAAGGAGUUAUUUACACUGUUUUCACCUCACUCUAUGGGAACUGUAUCAUGCAAGAGGAUGAGAGCUACCUGCUACAGGUCCUGCGUUAUUUAGUAGAAUUUGAGCUUAAGGAGAGCGACAACCCUCGCCGUCUGCUUCGUCGGGGCACAUGUGCUUUUAGCAUCCUUUUCAAGCUCUUCUCUGAGGGCCUCUACUCUGCCAAGCUCUUUCUCACUGCCACCUUACAUGAGCCCAUUAUGCAGCUGCUGGUGGAGGAUGAAGACCACCUGGAGAUUGACCCAGCAAAGCUGAUUGAGCGUUUUACAUCGACUCAACAGGAGCGCCUCUUUGGGGAAAAGGGUUCUGAUGCUUAUCGCCGAAAAGUGCAGGCAGCUGUGGAAGCCAAUGAGGCCAAGCUGGUAGCCCUGGUGAACUCCUUUAUUGGCUACCUGAAACAGAAUACUUACUGCUUCCCUCAGAGCUUGCGCUGGAUUGUAUCUCAGAUGUAUAAGACCCUGGCACGGGUGGAGGGUCUGGAAGUAGGAGAGGUGAAGACCAUGUGCACAGACCUGCUGCUGACCUGUUUCAUCUGUCCUGCCAUUGUCAACCCAGAACAGUAUGGAAUCAUCUCAGAUGCUCCCAUCAAUGAAGUAGCUCGCUUUAAUCUCAUGCAGGUGGGGCAGUUAUUACAACAGUUGGCCAUGGCUGAUGCAGAUGAAGGAGAUCCUCGACGAAAAAGCAGUUUAUCUAAAUUCGAUAAAAGUUGUGUUGCUGCCUUUUUGGAUGUUGUGAUUGGUGGAAGAGCUGUCGAGACCCCUCCCAUGUCAUCAGUGAAUCUUUUAGAAGGCCUCACACGAACUGUGGUUUAUAUCACACAUAACCAGCUCCUGACUGUGGUGGACUUUGUGCGAAGUGUGACUGCAGGUGACCAACUCAGAGAGGAAGACCACCUAGCACUGGAGACUCUGCUAGCCAAUGUACCUCAGUCCCGCACAGUCAAGAGCAACAGCUUGGAACUCACACCUUCCAACACGCCCCAGCUUUCCCCAGCUACUACACCUGCUAAUAAGAAAAACAGACUACCCAUAGGACAACAGUUAGCUGCUAUAACGUGUUGGGAUUCCCCUGCCACAGCUCUCUCUGCUCAUAUUCCUUUAGUAACCCCAUUUGGAUCACGUAGCCGUUCCCGCUCCAAUAUUGCUCAGGACAGCGAGCCUGAAGCUAGCUCCCAGGACUCCCAACAGGAGGUCACACCUGAGGAGGUGCUCGUGAUCUCUUUAGGAACUUCCCCACAGACUGUGCCUGGAAUGAUGUCAGAGAAUGAGGUGUUGAACUUGCAGCUGUCAGAUGGAGCUCAAGGAGAUGCUCCAGCUGAUGAGACCAAACUGCAUGGGAAACCUGACAAAACCUUGCGCUUCUCUCUCUGUAGCGACAAUCUGGAAGGCAUCUCUGAGGGGCCCUCUAACCGCUCCAACUCUGUCUCAUCUCUGGACUUGGAAGGGGAAUCUGUGUCUGAGUUAGGUCCAGGACCAUCCAGCAGCAAUGGUGUUGAGGCUCUGCAGCUAUUGGAACAUGAACAAGCUACCACGCAGGAUAAUCUGGAUGAUAAACUCCGCAAGUUUGAGAUUCGGGACAUGAUGGGCCUGACAGAUGAUCGGGAUAUUUCAGAAACAGUUAGUGAGACAUGGAGCACUGAUGUCAUCGGCAGUGACUUUGACCCCAAUAUUGAUGAAGACAGGCUUCAGGAGAUAGCAGGGGCAGCGGUGGAGAACAUGCUGGGGAACCUAUUGUGCUUGCCAGGGCCUGGCUGUGUUCUUCUAGACCCCUAUGGCUCAACAAUCUCUGAGACCACAAGUGAGGCUUGGAGUGUGGAGGUCCUACCCAGUGAUUCAGAAACUGCAGAUUUAAAGCAAGAGGAGCGUUUGCAGGAGUUGGAGAGCUGCUCAGGGGUUGGCAGCACUUCAGAUGACACUGAAGUCAGAGAGGUCAGCUCCCGACCCAGCACCCCAGGGCUAAGCGUGGUCUCAGGCAUCAGCGCAACAUCUGAAGACAUUCCAAACAAGAUAGAAGACCUGCGUUCAGAAUGUAGCUCAGACUUUGGAGGCAAAGACUCGGUGACAAGUCCUGAUGGAGAUGAGUCUACACAUGGAAUGCAUGCUCUGUCCUGUGCACCUGCUCAAGCUGACACUCUGUUGGCCAUGUUCGAUCCACUCUCCUCUGGAGAAGGCUCAUGCACUGGCACUAUUGUUCGACCCAAAGUACACUAUGCCAGACCCCCUCACCCUCCCCCAGACCCCCCGAUCCCAGAGGCUUGUGCUAUAGGGCCUCAUGAUCCACGCCCAUCGCUCUUCACCCCCCACUGCCUAACCCAGGCUGAGCUUGAGCAUGCCAAACAGAGACAUUCGUACCCUGAGCGUCUGGUCAGGAGCCGCAGUACGGAUGUGGUGUCUGCAGGACGCAGACCCAACAGUGAUCCGGGCCUGAACCGCAGGACCAUGAUGGAGGAGAGGGAUCAGACAGGGGUCUUCUCCACAGGACAGACAGCUUCCCCAAGCAAAGACUCACUCAAAGUAGAGUCUGAAGAAAGGAAGGACAGUGAUGAUGAGAAGUCUGACAGGAACAGACCCUGGUGGAAGAAACGCUUUGUUCCAGCCAUUCCUAAAGUGCUCUAUUGGACUGCAGAGAGUGAAAUUCCAGCACCAAUCGCGGCAUUCCGAAAACGAGACAAGCAUGAGAAGGAUGAACUAGGAGCAGAGAGGGUCCAUCAAGGCAUUUCCGAUGAGCCUUCAUUACCUAGGCAGAACUGUCAAGCUCAGGCAGCAGAGGACAUACUGGACAAAUACAGGAACAUAAAGAGAACCAGCCCAAGUGAUGGAGGAGCAGCAGCGGCCUAUGAUGUUUCUGAAGCCUGUAGAGAGGGUGAAAGUGAACACGACUCUCCUAGAGAAGAAGGCUUGCAGAACAUAUCUACAGAUGACCUGCCAGACUCUGCCAGUCAGACAGCACAGCCUCAGGAUAACAAGUUCUCUUUCAGUGAUGCUAAAAAGAAAUUACGACUGGCUCUGUGCUCUGCAGACUCUGUCGUUUUUCCUAUUAUGCCCCCUGCAACUACAAGGAAUGGCCUACCUGACAACACAGACCCUGAGGACAAUGAGAUUGUGUGCUUUCUGAAGGUGCAGCUGGCAGAGGCCAUUAACCUGCAGGAUAAGAACCAGAUGGCUCAGAUCCAGGAGACCAUGCGCUGCGUAAGCCGCCUCGACCCCCGCACCUGCAGAAAACUCCUCACUGCCAUCGCUGAGGACUACAGGAAGCGUGCUCCGUACAUAGCCUACCUGACCCGGUGUCGUCAGGGGCUACAGACAUCUCAGGCUCAUCUGGAGAGGCUGCUGCAGAGGGUACUUAGAGAUAAAGAAGUGGCCAACCGCUACUUCACCACUGUCUGUGUCCGACUGCUUCUAGAACACAUGGAGUCCAAGAUGCAGGACUUCAUUAGAGCAUUUCAGGGCUGCACAGCAGCUGAUGACAAGACUGCAGCAGUGGAGGAUUUCCUGCGUUCCCUCUACGGCACCAUGGCGCAUGAUGCCAUCUGGCAGUAUGCCAGUGAGGAGCAGCUCCAGGAUGCCCAGAUGGCCAUUGAGCGCAGCGUCAUGAACCGCAUCUUCAAACUAGCCUUCUACCCCAAUCAGGAUGGAGACAUUCUCAGAGACCAGGUCUUGCAAGAGCACAUUAAUCGCCUGGCCAAAGUAGUUACUGCUAACCACAAGGCCCUGCAAAUCCCAGAGGUGUAUCUGAAGGAGGCUCCAUGGCCCUCCGCGCAGGCAGAAAUCAGGACGAUCAGUGCAUACAAAACUCCGCGGGACAAAGUUCAGUGCAUCCUACGCAUGUGCUCCACCAUCAUGAAUCUGCUCAGCCUAGCCAAUGAAGAUGCUGUGCCUGGAGCUGAUGACUUUGUGCCUGUGCUUGUUUUUGUCCUCAUCAGGGCAAAUCCGCCCUGCCUUCUGUCCACCAUUCAGUACAUCAAUAAUUUCUAUGCCAGCCGGCUGAGCGGGGAGGAGUGUUAUUGGUGGAUGCAGUUCACGGCCGCUGUGGAAUUCAUUAAAACCAUUGAUGAUCGCAAGUGAAGCAGAACAGCCACCUGUAUGGGCAGACUGUAGGAAGGGAAUGAGAGUAAAAGAUGAUACAUCCCAACCAACUGCUCACUCCUUCACUGAGCCCACACAGCAAGGCACUGAUUCACAUUGCCUAAUCAAACCUGUAUAGGUGUAAAUAGAGCCAGAAAUAUGUUUAACAUAACAAUCAAUAAAAUAGAAAGUGUGUACAAUUGCGUGGGUAAAACAGAUAUGUUUUACUAUGGAAACUCCUUAUACUGACCUUAAAACCGAUUUUUGACCACAUCUCUUAUUAGUAUGAUUGGUGCUGGGGUUUAGAAUGAGGGGUUUUUUUUUAAUGGUCAAGAGGUAGCUUGGUUAUUUAAAAAUCUCAGUAAACUAAAAAAGGGACCAGGCUUCCUUGUUGUGAUCAUUUAAUCAAGUUAAUAUAGGAGGUUUAGAAAAGAAUGAAAGACACAUGUGAUUUUUCAGUCUUUCCUAAUUUAAAAUCCACUAUCAUUAUACAGUCAUAGAUAUAACCAAAGCAUCAUCACUAAGAUUUUGUUGUCAAAUAAAUUAUGCUACCGCAGUACUUACAAUAGCUAUUCUCAUUACACAGGGCAUCUUGUAAAAUGAAUGAAAGCUGGAGUUGACCUUGUUCUGUCAUAGUUUCUUUAAACCUUUUUUUCUCAUGAACAAUUUGGAAAUACGGGCCCACAUAUUUAUAUAAAAUAAAUGUGUAUUUAUUAUUUUCUGCCUGUAUAUAAACUUUUUUUUUUAUCAUUUGUUAAGCACAGUGUUUUGGAUUGGCCAUUGAACAAUGAUAUAAGAAGAAAAUACAUACUCUGGAGAUAAAGAAUUGCAAUUUAAGGCAAUAGUUUGGAAACAGACUGAAACUGAUGAACGUGCUUAACUUCUGUUAACAGUUGGUCAGUAUAUUUCAUGUUUAAUUCUAAAACAGUGCCUUGCAAAUUUUAGUUUUGUACAGCAUUAUUGUAGUUAGUUUUAGUUUCCAUAUUCAGACAUUUCUUAUUUUGUCUGCCCCAAUUGGUGUCAGUUGUAUUUAUAGCAAUUAAAAUGCUGUCAGUACAGCUUAUAAUGGUAUGUAUAACAAAACUGUGACCCAAAUCAUCUCCCUUUACUGAUUUUGAACAGAUGUGUGUAACAUUGUGUAUUAAUAAUAAAUAGAUAGAUAAUUUGACACUUUGUUCAGUUAGGAACUCUGAUAUAUGAUGAAAACAAGCAUAUA